AUGCAAGAGCAGGUUAAUAACGCAAUGGAAAGUGCUAAAGAAGCCGCAGCAUCGGUCACUGAACGUGUUAGCGAUUUCUUUCAGGGCAGUCCGUUUGCUACGCCAGUCGGACGCAAAAUCGGUGACAUUAUCGUGAUAUUUGCAGCUUUACAUAUUAUACAUGGAAAUUGGAUGACGCAAUAUGAUGCUGUUCGAAGAAGUAUAGAUAAGUAUGAAAGAGCAAAAGAACCAUCUCGUCAAACGGAACUGUUUGCAUUAAUUUUUGUGCAUCUUUUGCUGCUUGCUAAGACAUUUGUUGUAGAAAUGGCAACUGAUGCAACUGUUCUGGCAACUGAAAACUGGGGAUUAAAUAUGGAAAUCUGUGACUUUAUCAACAACACAGCAGAAGGAGGACGUGAUGCAAUGCGCGCAAUACGCAAACGGCUUCAUUCACAGAUAUCGAGAAAUAACGCUACUGUUAUGUACACACUAACGGUGUUAGAAACAUGUGUAAAGAACUGUGAUAUUCGAUUUCACGAAUUAGUUUGUCAGAAAGACUUCAUAAACGAACUUGUCAAACUUCUCGGUCCGAAGUUUGAUGCGCCCCAAGUAAUACAAGAGCGUGUUCUCGGCUUGAUUCAGUCUUGGAAUGAUGUGUUUCAAGAUGAUCCACGUUUGCAAGGUGUCUGUCAAAUUUACAAUGAACUGAAAGCGAAAGGUGUUCAAUUCCCGGUUACAGAUCCUGGUUCGAUGGCACCAAUAUUAACACCAAAAAGAACUGUUUUUACGGUCGGAAAAACUCCGGUGGCUACCAGCGUUCAGGAAGAUGCCACGGGGCAGGGCAUGUUGAAUCCCGGAUCAGAUAACAUCGCUGGUUCAUCGCAGUUUGUGCAACCCACACCAGAGCAGCAGGAGAAAUUACACGAAGAUCUCGAUGUAGUAAACGGCAAUUUGAAGGUUAUGCGGGAACUGUUAUCUGAGAUGAUUCUGGGGAAAGAGACUCCGGAUGACUUGCAGCUAUUAGAUGAAUUGCAUGUUGUCGUAAAGCAGAUGCAUGUGAGAAUUCAGGACCUUAUUCGUUCCGUUCAAAAUGAUGAAAUCAUGUAUGAACUGCUGAUGGUAAAUGAUGAGUGCAACAAUCUUUUUGAAAAAUAUAAUUACUACAUGGUUAAUCGUGCAUGUGGCACGAAAGAAAAUGUGGCUUCGGAGAACAACUUGAUUGAACUUGACGACCAGACACUAAAUCAGCAGCUUGGUGCAUUAAAAACUUCUGAUGCUUCUAAUUUUACCAAAGUGGAAGCUUCCGGUGUACGGAAGCAAACUGAUACCAGUCAACCGAGAGUGAUAACAAAUGAAGAUACCCCAGUUAGUGAAAGAGAAGCAACCGAAAUGGCAAAAUGGUUAGAAGCCCAGGAAGGAAAGAAAGAUACUGCCGUCGCUUCUCCUGCAACGAUCCCAAGUGGGCCCUCUAAAGAGUGUAAAACGCUUCUGCACGACCAGUCAACACUGGAAGACAAAGCGAAAAUGACACCCUAA